AUGGGGGUGGUAUACGAUAGGGCUGCUCAGGCCUGGGGUCUCAGGGUUCAAAGAGAUGCGGGCUGCUUGAAGGGGGCAGGGCCUGUAGCUGAGCCUGAGGGACUCGUCAAAGCGAAAGAGUCCCCAGAGUCUGCUGCCAAAAGAGUGGACGGGGCUGCGAAAAGCGAUGUCAUAGGUACCGAUGGCACGGCUGCUAAGAAGCCCCUGUUCCAGACUGUCGACACGGCCAAUCUCGGGGACGCAGCUGCGGCUGACAGCACCGAAGCGUCCUAUUUCCCUGCGCAGGUCGCCCUGAAUGUUGGCGGCAGCGGUGGAGGAUAUCGCCAGCAGUCUUGGCACCCGCAGCAGGACAGCGUGAAGGCCUUUGACCUUUCACAGUCCGCCUCGCUCGAGCAAGCCGCACCAGCACCCCCACCACCAGACGCAGCAACCCCUGCGGUCCUGCGUUCGUCAACCUCUUCCCGGCAGCUACAGCCGCUGCCGCAGCAACAGCAGCUGCAACUGCAGCAGCUGCAGCAGCAGCCCUCGUCACGUGUGCUGCCAUCUCUCCAGGGCCAGCCGCUUACAGAGUCUGGGCCGGAACCAGCAUCGACGUCCUCCCCUUUGGCGGCGCAGCCUGCAGCAGCAGCAGCGCCUUCCGCGGAUGAUCCCUGGUCAAGCCUUCAAAGCACUUACCGCAUUCGGGAUCCCCAGCAGGCGGCCAAGGUUGAGUCCACGCGCAGCCGGGAAGCAAGCAGCAGCCGCGAUGCGGGGCGGGAAGUGCUCGUACUUGGUGAAGAUGAUGACGAUGAGUUUGGCAAAGCUCGCGGCGGCACGCUGAACUCCACCGCCAACUCCGCCAUGAACCGCACUUCUGGUUUCGGAGCCCGGCCGCCGGUGAACCUGCCGCCGCCGCAGUUUGGGUCGGGUCCCAAGAAGGGCGGCUGGGGCAGCGGAGCUAUGGCGCAAGCGGGCGAGCUAAUGAUCGGAGAAGACGACUGGCUAGUCAAUGACCGUCCACCGGGCUCGGCGACGGGGAGCGGAAAGUUGCCGGCGCCACAGCGGCAGCAGCAGCAACAACAACAGGCGGUACUGUCGUACAACAGCCGAGCUAAGAUGGUGGUUGAGGAGGAGGAGCGGCAUGCGCCGGUGACGCUCAAGGGGCCCGCACCGCCGCCCAAGAACAAAGCGGCGGAGGAUGUGAUGUGUGAGGACGUGGAGGAUGUGGACAUGCUGCUUGAGUCCGAAAUGGAGCGGCAAGGGCUGAGCAACAAGUCCCUGGCCAGCAAGCUGGCAGCGUAUGAGGCGCAGUUCAAGGACGAGGACGACUACUAGAUGACCGCCUGGCAGCCGCGUCGUUGCUCUGCCUGUGUCGCGUCGUUGUUAAUGGACGGCGGGUUGUUCCUGGAGAGCCUACUUACCUGGGGAGGCUGGGUCAUCUUGAGCUACAACAGUGAAUAACAGUGGUUAUCAUGCUGGUCAGUUGGUGGGCCUGGUGAGCCUGGUCAGCUGGUGAGCCUGGUCAGCUGGUGGGCCUGGUCAGCUGGUGGGCCUGGUCAGUUGGUGGGCCUGGUGAGCCUGGUCAGCUGGUGAGCCUGGUCAGCUGGUGGGCCUGGUCAGCUGGUGGGCCUGGUCAGCUGGUGGGCCUGGUCAGCUGGUGAGCCUGGUCAGCUGGUGGGCCUGGUCAGCUGGUGGGCCUGGUCAGCUGGUGGGCCUGGACUACUCAGAUUUUGGAGUACCGGAGUUCGGUUGGGAAAAACGAUCCCUUCACAACUUUACUGGACAACUUCAUGGCCACAGGCCGCAGGUCUGCUAAUUAUACUAAGAACCGAUGGUGAUGGUGCCAAAGCUGAGCGAUAGCUGAAUUUGGUGUGUUUUGUGUGUGACUGUUCUCGCCUCUGCAACGAGGACAAGGGAGGAAAUGGGAAUCGCGUAUGUUUGGGGGGCAGCCUGGCG